AUGAAAUACGACGUGAUAUUAAGGAUCGAAUGGAUGAGAAGCUUGAAUGUGAUACUCGACCCUGCAAAUGAGAGAAUGACACUGCCCGAUGGCACUGAGAUUACUAAUGCAAAUAUACGAGCUGCAGCUAACCAGCACACUAACACCUACGAGAUAUCGGCCAACGGAUUAAUGACCCUACGAAGAAGACAACAACGAAACCCUGAUAAUAGAAUUAAGAUUUUUGCAGCAAGUAUAGCUGAUAUUGAUAAAGCGCUUGCACCAAAGAAGAGAACCGAGCCCCGAGAAGCCUUACCUGAUUAUUUACGAGAUUAUAUUGAUGUUUUUGACCCUGUCGAAGCUGAUAAGCUUCCCCGGCACCGCCCUAGCGCCGACCAUAUAAUUGAACUAAUAGAAAAAGAUAAGGAUAGAAAGAAACCUGAAGCCCCGUGGGGACCACUAUACAAUAUGUCGAGAGAAGAACUUCUUGUCUUACGGAAAACACUGCACGAACUACUAUCAAAAGGAUUUAUAAGAGUUAGCAAGUCACCAGCCGCAGCCCCAGUACUAUUUGUUAAGAAACCUGGAGGUGGCUUACGCUUCUGUGUCGACUAUCGAGCCUUGAACGCUAUUACUAAAAAGGACCGUUAUCCUUUACUACUAAUAUAUAAGACUCUACAGCGAAUAUCGAAAGCAAAGUGGUUUACGAAGUUUGACGUGCCUGCAGCCUUUCACAAAAUCCGCAUCACUGAAGGGGAUGAGUGGUUAACUACCUUUAGAACUCGAUUUGGCCUUUUCGAAUGGCUCGUGACCCCCUUCGGCCUAGCUAAUGCGCUAAGCACGUUCCAACGAUACAUUAACUGGACCUUACGCGACUUCCUAGACGACUUUGUAUUAGCAUACAUCAAUGAUAUCCUCAUCUUCACGGACGGAACCUUAAAAGAACAUCGCCAACACGUCCGAAAGGUACUACAACGGCUCCGUGAAGCUGGCCUCCAGGUCGACAUCGACAAAUCCGAAUUCGAAGUAAAAAGCACCAAAUACCUUGGAUUUAUAAUAGAAGCAGAGAAAGGAAUACGCAUGGACCCCGCUAAGGUGAAAGCAAUACAGGAAUGGCAGGCCCCUACUAAUAUAAGAGAAGUCCGACAGUUCCUAGGGUUCGCCAACUUUUACCGACAGUUCAUCCGAAACUACUCUGAGAUAGUCCGACCGUUGACUAACCUCACACACCGUGGUACUCUCUUUAUAUGGAAUGACCAAUCUGACAAAGCCUUUAAAGAUCUAAAAAGCCUUUUUAUCACUGAGCCUGCUCUAGUCGCCUUUGACCCUACGCGGAAAACAAUAGUGGAGACUGAUUCUUCAGGAUACGCCAAUGGAGGAACGCUUUCUCAAUAUAACAACGAAGGACGGCUCCGAACCUGCGCCUACUACUCACGGAAGCUGAACCCAGUAGAAUAUAACUAUGAGAUCCAUGAUAAAGAGCUACUUGCUAUUAUUGACUGCAUGAAGCAAUAG